AUGGCUGCCGCUGCUGAACUAAUUGGAUUGUUGGAAAGUCUUUGUAAAGAUCCUGAGAGCUACUUGUCUUAUGAUGGCCAUUGUAAUGGCUUCGCAGCAGAUUCUCUUGCAGGAUCACUCAUCUGUACAGUUGGAGAGAUACCUAGCUGGCCAAGUGCAAGUAAUGUCAUUCCAGGCCAGGUAAUCUUCACCAUAGAUUUACAUGCAAUGGAAGACAUGGCACGUGAAGCCAUUAUCAUUGAACGUUCUGUAGCUUGCAACAUUGAACGUAAGCAUGAUGCAGGAGCAGUUGUAUGUGAUCCUGGUCUAAGUUCAAAAAUGAAGUCUCCUGCUUACUCUGCCCUGAAAAAGAUGGAGCAGUUGUAUGUGAUCCUGGGUUCAAAAAUGAAGUCUUCUGCUUACUCUGCCCUGAAAAAGAUGGUAGGUGAGGUUCAAGAUGAAGUACCUGUUCUGAUGAGUGGAGCAGGGCAUGAUGCAAUGGCCAUAUCUCAAUUAACCGAGGUUUUUCCAUUCUUCUGCUUUUUGUUUGUACGAGUGGUUUACAUCUGA